UCCGGUCAAUGUAAGUCCCACAGAGCCCGUGGCCGCGAUGACUGGCGCUCACUCUCCGCGGGAAUGAUCUGAUCUGACGGCUGCGGAGAGUCAGCGGUGCUCUGUGAAAGUCAUGGCCACUCAGUGUGAACCCUUAAGCGGAUACUUACAGCAGUCUGAUCCGGGCUCCAACAGCGAGCGCAGCGCUGAUUCCCCUCUGCCCGUGUCUGAGGAUGACUCCAGCGGACCCACGGCACCUCCGGACCCCGAGUGGACCGAGGAAAGGUUUCGAGUGGACCGGAAAAAACUUGAGAUCAUGUUAUUAGCUGCCACGGAGGGGCGAGUCAACGGAGGUGAGGACUUCUUUCAAAAGGUCAUGGAGGAGACAAACACUCAGAUUGCAUGGCCUUCCAAGCUAAAGAUCGGUGCCAAGUCAAAGAAAGAUCCACAUAUCAAAGUUAGUGGUAAGAGGGACAAUGUGAAGGAAGCCAAGGAGAAGAUCAUGUCUGUCCUGGACACAAAGAGCAAUCGUGUGACUCUGAAGAUGGACGUCUCACACACUGAGCAUUCACAUGUCAUCGGCAAAGGGGGAAACAAUAUCAAGAAGGUGAUGGAGGACACGGGCUGUCACAUCCACUUCCCCGACUCCAACCGCAAUAACCAGGCUGAGAAGAGCAACCAGGUGUCCAUAGCCGGCCAGCCAGGGGGAGUGGAGGCCGCCAGAGCCCGAAUUCGGGAGCUACUCCCACUGGUGUUGAUGUUUGAGCUGCCAGUCAUAGUACAGCUGAACCCUGACCCCAGUUCUCCUGCCAUCCAGCACAUCUCCCAGACGUACAACAUCUCCGUGGCCUUCAAACAGAGGUCCAGACUCUAUGGAGCGACAGGAGUAGUGAGGGGCUCACAGAAUAAUGCUGCGGCGGUGAAGAGGGGCACAGCGGUGUUACUGGAGCACCUCGCAGGCAAUCUGGCCAGUGCCAUCACGGUCAGCACGCAGCUUGACAUCGCGCCCCAGCACCACCUCUUUAUGAUGGGCCGCAACGGCAGCAACAUCAAGCACAUCAUGCAGCGCACAGGAGCGCAGGUCCACUUCCCAGACCCCAACUGCCCGCAGAAGAAAUCCACCGUCUACGUGCAGGGAACCAUCGACUCUGUGUGUCUGGCUCGACAAUACCUGAUGGGCUGCCUGCCACUGGUGCUGAUGUUUGAUAUCAAAGAGGACAUCGAGGUGGAACCGCAGUGGAUUACUUCCCUAAUGGAGCAGCUUGAUGUGUUCAUUAGUGUCAAACCCAAACCCAAGCAACCCAGCAAGUCAGUGAUAGUGAAGAGUGUGGAGAGGAACGCUCUGAACAUGUAUGAGGCUAGGCGUUACCUGUUGGGUUUGGAGAACAGCGGCGUAUCUGUCCCCACCAGCAGCAUGACCACCAGUAACAGCAGCAGUCCUCCGUCCGCCCCUGCUCCUCCUCCACCUCUCAGCUGCCCCGUUGGCCUCGACAUCCUGGCCUCUGCCAGCCUCGGCCUCACCAGCCUGGGUCUUCUGGGACCUACAACAGCCUCCAUGACAGGACCCUCCACCAACUCCCUUCUCAACGCUCUCAACAGCUCCAUCAGCCCAUUACAGACGUCCACCUCUGGAACACCCAGCCCCAAUCUCUGGCCUAACUCACUGGCCAGUCCUGCCAGCACUCCAGGUUUCUCAUCACCCUUGAUGAUCCACCCAGCCACCCAGGCCACUCUAACCAGCAUCUUGCUGUCAGGGGUGCCAGGCUACACCCAGAACACUCCGUCCCCUCCGCCUGGUCUCGCCCCCAUAGACGCCCAAGUCAAUGGAGUGUCAGACUGCAGUAAAGCUGUGUCCCCCCUUAGUAGCAAACAGCCCAGCACCAUGUACAGCAGAAUGUCUGCAGCGUCUCUGGCAGAUAAAGUUCUGACCGCAGCUCAUGGCGACUCAGUGCAGGAAGCCAGUCCCCACUGCCCUUCUGAACCGCUGUCCAGCAAGUCCAGCCAAGACCAAGGAUCGGAUACGUUUGUGGAGGUGGGCAUGCCUCGAAGCCCCUCUCACUCGGGAAACAGCAAUGAACUGAAGCAGAUGUUGGCGUCUUGUAAGACGACGUCAGGAAAGAGGCAAGCCCUGGAGCUGCUACAGGGCACCAAGAACUCCCUCCUUCAUUCAGACUGUCUGUUGUCAGACUCUGACUCCAGCGCCUCAGAGAGUCCGGUGGCUGAUAAACGCGCUCCUGGCAGUGAAAGAGCAGCCGAACGGGCAGCUCAACAGAAUUCAGACAGAAUCCGCCUACCACCCCAAUCCUCCUUCUCCAACAUGCAGGCGUUUGACUACGAGCAAAAGAAGUUAUUGGCAACCAAAGCCAUGUUAAAGAAGCCAGUGGUGACAGAGGUCCGUACCCCUACUAACACAUGGAGCGGUCUGGGCUUCUCAAAGUCUAUGCCUGCAGAAACUAUUAAGGAGUUGCGCAGGGCGAACCACGUGUCUUAUAAACCUACUAUGUCAACUACAUAUGAGGGGUCGCCUCUAGCCCUGUCCCGCUCUAACAGUAGAGAGGGGGUAGCGAGUGGCAGUGACUCGGAUAACUGGAGGGAAAGGAAUGGGAGCGGGCUCCCAGCACACAGCGACUUCCCCUCUCCUAUCAGCCCCAAAAGGAAGCAGAACAAAACAGAGCACUACCUAAGCAGCAGCAACUACAUGGACUGCAUCUCGUCGGUGACGGGAACUAACGGCUGUAAUCUCAACACUUCUUUCAAAGGAUCUGAUUUACCAGAGCUCUUCAGUAAACUUGGCCUCGGGAAAUAUACUGACGUCUUCCAACAGCAGGAGAUUGACCUUCAGACGUUCCUCACACUGACUGAUCAGGACCUGAAAGAGCUCGGCAUCACUACAUUCGGAGCCCGCAGGAAAAUGCUGCUGGCCAUCUCAGAGCUGAACAAGAACCGAAGGAAGCUCUUUGAGCCGCCCAACAUCCGCUCCUCAUUUCUGGAAGGGGGCGCCAGCGGUCGACUGCCACGCCAGUUCCACACAGACAUUGCCAGUGUGAGCGGGCGCUGGUGAGCCCACGCAUCAACGGACAGCCUGAAACUGCACAAAUUCCCAUUCCCAACUCCAACCUGAUAUACAGUACUGGACCAAAACCCGCACCUUCUGAAACUGUGCCAAAUAAACCAACUCCAUGGAUCAGAGGUUAAGGGUCAAAGAACUGUUGAAUAUUAUAUGCAGUAUGGUACAUUAUGCAAUAUGGUACUCAUGUUACAAUGAAGGAAAUGUAGUGAAGAAUCUUUGGAGCUCCUGCACUGUGCUUGUAUAUGGAGCAGGCCGAUUUUAUUUAUGUGCUCGUCUUAGGCUUCGACAUACUAAUUCUUUGCACUUUAAAAAAUGCUAAAUACUUUGUCCAUGGGCAGAUUUGUCCAACUAGAUGCGCCUGGAUUUUUAUUUAAAGCACUUAAAUGGAUAUCAAGCCAAAGUGUUCUGCACAAAUUAUCCGUAAGGGAAGCUUAUCUCAUCCCGCGGCUACAUUGCAGUGAAAUCACCAGCCUGUUGUUAUUACUUAUGGAUCUUAAUCAGAGUAGAUGGCAUAUUAUAUUUGACACAAAUGAAAUGGAGUGUACGUCUAUGCCUCACAGGCCUGUUUUCAUUCAGGUCAAAUUAGUGUACCCUGACUAAAUUCCACAGUACAUUGUCUAUAUAUUAUUUCUAAACCUAUAAAUGGUUUACUCUUAAAGGGAAAAGGAAAAAUGAAAAUUAUUUUAGUGUAUGACUUUAGUUCUGUGGAACUCAAAAGAAGAUAUUUCAAAGAAUGUUUCAGCAUUUUUGGCCAUACAAUGUAAGUUAACUGAGUGCAUUUGUGCCUACCCACUUGUUCAGCAGCCUUGGUUCCAGAAGUGCAGUUGAGGUCAAAAGUUUACAUACACCUUGCCAAAUCUGCAAAAUGUUAAUUAUUUUACCAAAAUAAGAGGGAUCAUACAAAAUGCAUGGUGUUUUCUAUAUAGUACUGACCUGAAUACGAUAUUUCACGUAAAAGAUGUUUAUAUAUAAUCCACAGGAGAAAAUAAUUUAUAAAAAUGAACAUAUUCAAAAGUUUACAUACACUUGAUUUGUAAUACUGUGUUGUCACUUGAAUGAUCCAUAGGUUUUUUUUUUUUUUUUUAGUGAUAGUUGUUCUUGUUUAUACUGAACAGUUAAACUGCCCACUGUUCUUCAGACAAAUCCUUCAGGUCUCACAAAUUUCUUGUUUUUUCAGCAUUUUUUUGUAUUUGAACGCUUUUCAACAACUGUAUGAUUUUGAGAUCCAUCUUUUCACACUGAGGCAACUGAGGGACUCAUAUGCAACUAUUACAGAAGUUUUAAACUCUCACUGAUGUUCCAGAAGGAAAUGUGAUGCAUUAAGAGCAAGGGGUGAACACUUUUGAACAGAAUGAAGAUGUGUACUUGUUGUAAUUUUCCUUAUUUCGUCUAAUUAUCUUUUUUUUUUUUUUUUUUUGUUCUGCCCCUUCAGAAGCUACAGAAGAUAGCUUGUUUCCCAGAAGACACAAUAAGUUAAAUUUCUUCAAUAUUCAAAUCUUCAAAUUCAAAAA